AUGACCAACAGUUCUACCUUCUGCCCAGUUUACAGAGACCUGGAGCCAUUCACAUAUUUUUUUUAUUUAGUUUUCAUUGUUGGAAUUAUUGGAAGUUGUUUUGCAGCCUGGGCUUUCAUACAGAAAAACACAAAUCACAGGUGUGUAAGCAUAUACUUAAUUAACUUGCUUACAGCCGAUUUCCUGCUUACUCUGGCAUUACCAGUAAAAAUCGUUGUCGACUUGGGCGUGGCGCCCUGGAAGCUGAGGAUAUUCCACUGCCAAGUAACAGCCUGCCUCAUCUACAUUAAUAUGUACUUAUCAAUUAUCUUCCUAGCAUUUGUUAGCAUUGAUCGCUGUCUUCAGCUGACACACAGCUGCAAGAUUUAUCGAAUACAAGAACCUGGAUUUGCCAAAAUGAUAUCGACUGUUGUAUGGUUAAUGGUCCUUCUUAUAAUGGUGCCAAACAUGAUAAUUCCCAUCAAAGACAUGAAGGAAAAGCCCAACGUGGGUUGCGUGGAAUUCAAAAAGGAGUUUGGAAGAAACUGGCAUUUGCUGACAAAUUUCAUAUGUAUAGCAAUAUUCUUAAAUUUCUCAGCCAUCAUCUUAAUAUCUAACUGCCUUGUAAUUCGACAACUCUACAGAAACAAAGAUAAUGAAAAUUAUCCAAAUGUGAAAAGAGCUCUCAUCAGUAUACUUUUGGUGACUACAGGCUACAUCAUAUGUUUUGUUCCUUAUCACAUUGUCCGAAUCCCAUACACCCUCAGCCAGACAGAGGUCAUAUCUGACUGCUCCACCAGGAUUUCACUUUUCAAAGCCAAAGAGGCCACACUACUGCUGGCUGUGUCCAACCUGUGUUUUGAUCCGAUCCUGUACUAUCAUCUCUCAAAAGCUUUCCGCUUAAAGGUCACGGAGACGUUUGCUUCACGUAAGGAGACCAAGGCUCAGAAAGAAAAAUCAAGUUGUGAAAACAAUGCAUAA